AUGAAAUUCAUUUCAACAACAACAGCAAUCAUAGCCUCAACCGCUUUCUUUGCUUUCUCGAGCCCAAAUGCAAAUAUCUAUGUAGCAGCAGCAGGCACGCCAACCACAAGCAUACCCCCAAGCAUAGCAAGUGCGCUAUCGGCUAAUGGUAUUCCAACAACAGGUAUACCAUCAAAUCUCCCACCAGGUGCAGCAGCUACGGUAUCUUCUGUCCUCAACAAUAUCAGUAAUGGAGUAACGUCGAUUCCGACUGGGCUUCCGUCUCAGGCUAGUGCUGCGAUCAGUUCCGCACUUGCUUCUGGCGGGAUUAAUUCUUUCAUUUCCAAUACUGCCGCCCUUUCUAGUCUUAUAAGUCAAUAUAGUAGUCAAGUUGGUAGCUUUUUACCCACAAAUACACAGUCCAGUGGUUCAGCAGCAGCAACCUCUGUAUCAAACAAUAGCUCACCUAAUCCGUCGUCAAGCUCUAACGAUGCACAAUCGUUGAGUCAAAGUGGUAAUGGAAAAGUUUUUGUUGGUGGAGUCUUUGCCAUUCUAGGGUACUUUUUGUUCUAA